GUUCCGUUGGCCACUCGAGUUCAGUCGUUCGCCUCCCUUCGCUGCGUGAGGAUUCGACGAUCCACCCGUCGCCGUUUUCUUGUCUUCCCUCCCCCCUUCUUUUUUCGUUUUUAUGUUUGAGACUUCACAAAAUAUUUAAAUUUUCCGAUUUUUGUCAACGUCACGUUUCGAGACCAGGAGAUCCACCGGUUCGUUGGUUGUGUUCAAGCCUUUGGACGGGAGGACCCCUCCUCGGCUGUGGGAUCUUUUUCUAUCCCCCCACCGAUUUGAAUUUGUUGGGCAGAAGAAGGACAGACGGAGUGUGUAUGUGUCGUGUGCCCAGUGGUGUCUCUUCUUGUAUAUGUGUGAUUGUGUGUUGUGUGUGUGAGUGUCCAAGUGAUUGAUUGUCGGUGACACCUGAGGAGAAGAAUCGAAUCUUUCUCCUUCAUCGCACCUUUUUCUUUGACAUUUUUUCUUCCCCCCUUAUUUCUCGUGUGAGAUUUUUUGGAACGGACCGAAUUUUUUGAGACUUGAAAAACCCGUUCUCUGUGACUUUGUGUUGUGAAAUUUUGGGGAACAAGUGGCUAAAAACGUCUCCGAUUUCGUUCCCUUUUGAAUUAUCUCGACGUUUGACGUCGUGGUGCUAACACACACACACACACACACACACACGACCCAGGAGUGAACGGAAAACAAUCAAUUGGUGAGGGCGUGUUGGUUGGACCCACGUGUAUCUGUGGUGGAGUCCAUCCGCCUCCAUUUUCUUCUGACCACUACAACGACCGAUCCGAGGAUGAAGAAAUCAACUGCUAUUGCCAUCAUCGGCGUGGGCCUUUUGGUUGGGAUGAUGGCCGCCAUCGACGCUUCGAAUCCACAGGAUGAUAGCGACUUGGUUUUCGAUGAUGGAUUCUUUGGGAAUGACGAGGAGGUUUGGUCUUCUGUUGCGGGUGAAACGGCCAACAGCCGAGUGAAGCGCGAACCUCCUCCGUCGCUGGAGGAAGGAGAGCGCCGUGGUGGACGCCAUCGACAGUUGGUCAAUGGUGGCAGCAGUCACAGCACUAAAUCGGCCUCUCUCGGUCACUGGGAUCGCCACCAGCAAAAGACCAAGAAACAAUUGCACCACCAAAAGCAACAACACGCCGAAACAGAUGAGAAAAAAGACGCGAAACAACACCACGAUCACCACAAAGCGGCGGUUGCUCAAAAGAAGAGUCAAGUUGUUACCAGAGCCAACUUGAAGCAACUGGAACCGAACCAUAAGAAGCACAACAACAACAACAAUCACAAGAGCAAUCACAGCAAGAAAAACCACAAGAAAGUCCCGGUUGUAUUGAAAAUUGACGACGAUGAUGAAGACUUGAUGUUGGGCGAUGGAUCGGGAUCAGGAGACGGUGAAAUUAUUCUUCCGUCGCCUCCUUCCCAAGGUGGAUCUGGAAUCGGCACACGAAAGAUGUACCGGUGCUCGUUGCUGGUCCAGGAACCGUACAAUCAGGAGCUGGGCGACCGAGAAAGCAGCGAUUUUAGUGAAAUGGCGGAUCGCUUCAACAUUGCCGUUGAUAAUCUUUACCUGCGCGUAUCCGGCACUCAGACGACCAAUGUCCAAACAUUCGAACGGACAAGUCAACGACAGUUGACCAAAGUCAAUUUCGAUAUCGAAUCGCAAGAUUUUGACGAUGUAAAAGUCAUCGAGUCGACUCUCCGUUCAGCCGUGCAAAACGGCAUAAUUGGGUCAUUCUACGUCGAGUCUGAGGGAUUCACGUUCCGAGUCGUCGAAGGUUCCGCCAUUAGUCCACUUCCAUCUCCUCCUGAGAAUCCAGACGAUUGUGAGAUCCAAUGCAAAUCGGAUGGCCAAUGCAUCACAUUGGAGCAGCGUUGCAAUGGCAUCGACGACUGCGAAGAUGGAUCCGAUGAGGAAGGAUGCGCGCCCCCAUCUCAACCGGACGGUUCUGAACCAGCACCGGAAGAGCUGGACUGCCGUGGAGACAUCAAAACCAAAUGUCGAGGACCCAACGGUUUAUCUUAUUGUGAGGAAGAUCAGUGCGACGGAAUCGUCAAGUGUCCAGAAGGCGACGACGAGGAGGGUUGCUCCGUUGCGGUGACCAGCACCAACGCUCCGGAUCCGACGACGACAACAACGACAACAACUACCACCACCACAACCACGACUCCAGCACCGACGACGACAACAACCACCACCACAACAACUAAACCAACAACAACUACAACAACUACAACGACGACCCCAGAGCCACCACCCGUUGGUUGCCAAGAGGACGAAUUCAGUUGCGAUGGCCGGUGUCUGCCCUUUUCCGUUUUCUGCAACGGUCAGGCCGACUGUUCAGAUGGAGAAGACGAAAGUAAUUGCAUCGUCACAGAAUGUCGAAGCGACGAGUUCAAGUGUAACAACAACCAGUGCAUUGACAAAACCAGAACGUGCGACAGAUACGACGACUGUCCCAAUGGUGAAGACGAAGAAAAUUGUAUCUUUGAACCGCCGACAACACCGGCUGCUUGCCAAGGCUUUCAAUGUAGUGACGGAGUGACAUGCCUGGAUGAUGCCUCUAGGCAGUGCGACGGACGGGCCGACUGUCCCGACUUCUCCGACGAGUUGAACUGCCCACAACCACCAACAUCAGGACCUGAACCGUGCCAGGCCGGCGAGUUCCAGUGCAAGACCGAUAAGACUUGCAUCGCCAUUGCUCAGCGCUGUGACGGCCGAGAGCACUGCCAAGACGGCAGCGACGAAAUCGGAUGCCUCUGUUCCAAGGAUCAGUGGCAAUGCGACUUUGGCUCCUGCAUCGACGUCCGCAUGCGAUGCGAUGGCAAAGUGGACUGCCCAACCGACCAGUCUGACGAGGCCAACUGCCUUGUGACGGAAUCGACGACGCCUUCCAAUGUGGUGACGAUUGAACCCACUCCCGGUCCCACAGCCGCUCCUCCAGUAGUCGAUUCGUCUGCUGGAGGUGUAGGCUCAUCUUCGAAUUGUCGCUCGGACGAAUUCCAGUGCGACAACGGUUCGUGUGUCGGGCGACAUUUCCGUUGCGACAACGUGCCCGACUGCAGUGACGCAAGCGACGAGGACAACUGCAGCUUGACCCCGCCGUGUCCGUGGUCCAAUCCUUUCCGCUGCGGCGACGGCUCCUGCAUCGACGCCAGCACUCAGCGGUGCAAUGGCGUCGCCGAGUGCGCCGACUCCUCUGACGAAGCCGACUGCGUUAUUCAAUGCCAUAGCAACGAGUUCCGCUGUUCCGACGGAACUUGCAUUGACAUCCGGCGAAAGUGCGAUGGAUACGACGACUGCCCUGACCGAUCCGACGAGAUCAACUGCACUUCUUGUUUGGCCAGUCAGUUCCGCUGUACUACCAGUGGUUUUUGUAUUCCGUCGGUUCAAAAAUGUGACGGAAUCGUCGAUUGUCCGGAUCGGGAAGACGAACUUGAUUGUCCUACACCUCCCCCGCCAGUCUGCACCGAGUACCAAUUCAAGUGCAGAGAUGGAACUUGCCUGGACAAUCGCCGACGCUGCGACUCCCGCAACGACUGCCCCGACGGCUCUGAUGAAGAAGAUUGUCAAUGUCGGACGGAUCAGUUCCGCUGCGGCAGUGGCCAAUGUAUCGAAGGCGACCGACGAUGCGACCGAACCGUCGAUUGCCCCGACCGAAGUGACGAGAGCAAUUGUGGUGUUCAAUGCAAGAGCGGUGAAUUCAGCUGCGUUAGCGGCGACCAGUGCGUCCCUUACAGCCUAGUCUGUGACGGCCGUAGAGAUUGCCAAGACUUUUCCGACGAAGCCGAAUGCCAAUGGACCAAGUGUCCGGAGGGAGAGUUCUCGUGCGAGAACGGGCCAUGCAUUCCGAUGGAGCGGCGAUGCGACGGCCACAUUGACUGCCCAGAAUCCAGCGACGAAUUCGACUGUCCUACCAAAAACGACGAAUUGAACUUGAAAACUUAUCCCGCCGACCAGACCAUCCUCCAAGGUCGUGAGGUGGUAUUCCAAUGUCGAGAUGAAGGACCGGCUCGAGCUCCAGUACGAUGGACCCGCGGUAGUGGAAUGACUCUACCUCCGUCCACUCGCGAUAACAACGGACGCUUGGAAAUGCCAAAUAUUCAGCCGGAACACACCGGAACAUACAUUUGCGAAGCUGUUGGUUAUCCGUCAACGACUCCUGGUUCUCGGGUAUCCGUCUACCUGAAAGUCGAUCCUUCUCCUGCUGGAUCUGCACGAACGGGUAAUCGGUCCGUGUCUCACGGCUCCCGGUCCCAAAUUCCGUUCAGUCACACAGUUCACAAGUUCCAGUCGGAUGUGGAUCGUUUCCUUUUCCCAUCCGAUCACGUUGCCGAACCGACGACACGUCCUCCAACGGCUUGUGGAGUCAAUGAGGCCACUUGCAUGAACGGUGAAUGUAUCCCGAAGAACGCCGUCUGCGACGGAGACUUUGAUUGUUCCGAUCAGUCCGACGAGAUGCGAUGCAGUCUCUUGGGUUGCCAGCCGAACGAAUAUCAGUGCGCCAACAAACGGUGCGUUCUUAAGAACUGGAGAUGCGAUGGCGAUGACGACUGCGGUGACAACUCGGACGAACUUUAUUGCAAACCGAGUCCUCCAGGAUCUCCAUGCCGUCACGACGAAUUCCAGUGCCAGUCGCUCAAUCAGUGCAUCCCGCGCUCUUUCCACUGCGACAUGGAACUCGACUGUCAAGAUCGAAGUGACGAAAUCGGAUGCUCCAAACCGACGAUUCUCAUCCCCCCACCACCGAUGAUCAACAUCAACAUUGGCACGACGAUAGUCAUCAAUUGCACGGCCGUCGGUGUUCCCACUCCCGAAGUCGUCUGGCGUCUUAACUGGGGUCAUGUACCAUCCAAAUGCACUAUGACGUCAGAGUCGGGAUAUGGUGUUUUGACUUGCAAUGACGCACAGAUCAUCGACCAGGGCGCUUACAGCUGUGAAGCCAUCAACGCCAAGGGUUCGACCUUUGCCGUGCCGGACUGCAUCGUCGUUGUCAAACCCUCGGCGGACAUUUGCAUUGAUGAGGAAUUCAACUCGGCUGCUGUUUCGCCCGCCGAUUGUCUGCCAUGUUUCUGUUUCGACCACACCAAAGAGUGCAGUUCCAGCUCGCUUUACGUUAGCCAAUUGCCACCUCCCAGCGACCAGUUCCAGCUCAUCACCUUGCGCACAGACACCAUCCGUAGCUCAUCCAGCGCCCGCCUAUUUUCAUCGAGAGAUGUCGGCUCUUCCGGUACCGCCAACCGUGCUUACCUGCGUUCGCCCAGUGCCAACGACGGAAUCCAAGCCUACCGACGUGAUUUCAACGCGAGGAGUGAGGUGGCCUUCUUCAACCUGCCGCCAUCACACCGCGGAUAUCAACUCCUCUCUUACGGCGGCCAAAUUAAAUACCGACUGACUUAUCGCGGUUCGGGUUCUUCCAUCCGUGCACCGGACGUGAUCCUUCGAGGCAACGGCAUCACCCUGUACCACGAAAGCCGCACUCGACUGGAGCCCAACCAGCCGGUCGAAGUGAUCAUUCGCUUCCUGCCGGAAGACUGGAGCAAAGGCGCAGACUCUCGUGAUUCAGCCAGACGUGAAGAUUUGAUGAUGGUCCUCCAAUCUAUCGAGUACUUCUUAAUCAGAGCGUCUUACGUGGAGAGCAGCGUUUUGGACACGACCAUCACAAACAUCCGGAUGGAUACAGCCAUCGAACAAAACUACAACCUAGGACAAGCUGUUUUGGUCGAAGAGUGCCGUUGCCCACCUGGUUACAUCGGCCUUUCCUGCGACUCCUGCGCACCCGGAUAUGUUCGCGAGGAGACCAGCACAGGUCGCUAUUUGGGUCGCUGCGUUGCUGAAACAUCUUGCGACUCGUCUUACCAAUGGACUUGUCCUAGCGAUGGCACCUGCAUCGACAACAGGCGACGCUGCGACGGUCGGUUAGAUUGUCGCGAUAGUAGCGACGAAAUCGACUGCCAACCAAAUCGAUCAUGCGAUCCUAAUUACGAAUGGACUUGUCGCGACGGCAACUGCAUCGAUGUCCGACGACGUUGCGACGGCCAGUUGGACUGCCGGGACCGCAGCGACGAAUUCGAAUGCCCAACAGAAAAUUGCGAUCCUAGUAGCCAAUGGCGCUGCGACGACCGAUGCAUCGAUGCUAGUAAACGUUGCGAUGGCUAUCGCGAUUGCUACGAUUACACCGACGAACUCAACUGUCAAGGCUGUGAUGCCAGAUUGGAAUGGCGAUGCGCUAAUAGUCAAUGCAUCAACACUGCUCAAUACUGCGAUCGUAACGUAGACUGUGCAGACGGAACCGACGAAGUUUACUGCCCCAUUCAAGGGUGUGACCUGGCCACCAGGUUCCGCUGCGCUAAUGGUCAACUCUGCCUAGACAAGUCGCUUCGUUGCGACGGUAAAUUCGACUGCGAAGACCACAGCGAUGAAUGCAAUUGCCCAGGAUGCGGGUCGGAUCGUCAUUUCCGUUGCGCUGACAAUACCUGCAUCGAUCUGUCAGAGCGAUGUGACGGUCGGGUUGAUUGCCGAGACGCCACCGACGAAAUUGGUUGCACUUAUACGUGCGACCCCAAUACUCACUGGACCUGUGGCGACGGUAGUUGCAUAGGUGUACGACUCUUUAACGACGGUUUAGACGAUUGUUACGAUGGCAGUGACGAGUUCAGUUUCUCAGCCCAAUGUAACCAAGCUGGAAUCGUCAAUGGAUCAUCGACCAGUAGCGGAUGCAUCUGCAAGGAUCUGGUCACCGGUCCGCGAUGCGAUCAAUGUAAACCCAAUACUUUCCAUUUGAAUCCCGAUAAUCAGGACGGUUGCAUCAACUGUUUCUGUAUGGGCAUCACCAAAACCUGCACUGCAUCCACUUGGUUCCGUCAACAGAUAAAGACCGUCUUCACCACCGACAUUCAAGGAUUUGCUUUGACUGACAAAAACAGACGUGAAAAUAUUGUCGAACGCGUCACUGUCAAUUCAGUCAGCCGCGAAAUUGUUUACCGCGAUUUCAACAGACUGUCGAAUGAGGUCCAUUACUGGAAGCUGUCGUCCAAAUUCAUUGGGGAUAAAGUGACAUCUUAUGGCGGUCACCUCAACUACACUGUGCGUUACGUUCCGCAACCGGGCGGGCGCAGCUCUCCCAACAGUGCUCCAGAUGUAGACAUUCGAGGAAACAACAUUCGUCUGUUGCACUACCGUCGAGAACAGGUUGACGCUUCCAAGUCUGUGAUGGUUUCCGUGCCAAUCUCUGAGCAAUAUUGGCAACGCGAAGAUGGACGCCCAGCCGAUCGUGAGCAUUUGCUGAUGGUCUUGGCCGACUUAGAUUCAAUCUUGAUCAAAGCCACUUACACUACGCGCACAUCUGAAGCCUCAUUGUCUGAAGUGUCGAUGGACAUUGCCGAAGAGCGCAACACCGGACAGACUCGAGCCUUUGCUGUCGAGCAGUGCACAUGUCCGCGCGGGUACAAGGGUCUCUCAUGCGAGGACUGCGACACUGGAUACACUCGUUCUGUCCAGGGUGUCUAUUUGGGACUUUGCGAACCUUGUAACUGUAACGGCCAUUCGAACGAAUGUGACCCAGAUUCUGGCGUUUGCAUGAACUGCCGUGACCAUACGACCGGUGAGGAAUGCGAACUCUGCGAAGACGGAUACACUGGUGAUGCCACAUUGGGUACUUCCAACGAUUGCCGACCUGAUGGUGGUCGCCCACCAACUUGUUCCUGCGAUCCUCGUGGAUCUCUCCGUCCCGACUGCCCCGACGGACGUUCUUGUUCUUGCAAGGCCAAUUGUCAAGGAGAUCGUUGUGACCAGUGCCGUGAAGGACAUUUUGGUCUGACAGAGCAGAAUCCACAAGGCUGUUUAAGUUGCUUCUGCUCAGGAGUGGCCCGAAACUGCAAUUCCGCCAAGCUCUGGCGCUCUCAAAUUAUCCAGCAAGUGAUUGACACCCAACACGGUUUCACGUUGAGCGAGAGGAAUGGUGUUUCAGUGCCCAACUUGAGAAUCAACAUCGACCAAAACGAAAUCAGCUACACAUUCUCCUCGACACCUGCUAGAUCGCCGAAACUUUACUGGUCUUUACCUCCCCAGUUUACUGGCAACAAGGUGACAUCAUACGGAGGCCAAAUUUCCAUCACGCAACGCUACGACGAGCGUCAAGGUGCGGUCGGUCAACGUUUCACCGACAGCGACGUAAUUUUGACGAGUGGAAGAAUCUCAUUGGCAUUUGUCAACCCCAACCAAAUCCAAUCGGGUCAAACUGUGACGUACACUGUUCCUUUGAGGGAAUCGGGCGGAUGGCGUCGACUGGACACUGGAUUGGCUGUCACUCGCGAUGAUAUGAUGCGUGUUUUAUCCAACCUGCAGACAAUUGAGAUCCGAGCCACGUACAGCUACAGCAUGGCUUACACCAGCAUCAGCAACGUCCUAAUGGACACGGCCGUCCCCAACAACAAUGGCCAGGAACAACCCCGUGAUGUCGAAGAAUGUCGAUGCCCAGAAGGCCACAUCGGCACCUCCUGUGAGGAAUGCGCUACAGGCUUCUACCGGGACCGAUCGGCCGGCCUUAGUGGCCAGUGCCGUCGCUGUCCGUGCAGCAGCAACGAAGAGAGCUGCGUCCAGCAAUCAGACAAUCGAGUCAUCUGCAAUUGUCGUCGAGGAUUUAGCGGCCGCAACUGCGAGAUUCAAGGUGGAAUUCGAAUGGAAAUGGUUCCCAUGAGGGUUCAAGCGGCUCCCGAACAAGUCGUCAAUUUCGUCUGCGCUUACUUCAGCAUGGAACGGCUCGAAAUUGAUCUCCAGCCCAUCGGCCACAAUCACAUUGAUGGAAAAUUGCUUCCCAAUUCUGCCCAGUACUCGCUGUCAAACACGUCGCUCAUGCUUGGCCAACCUGUCCGUGACAUUCUGGAUCGUUUCGCGUGGGGCAGUCGGCGCACACUUUCACUCCGCAUCGACGCCGGUCACCGCCAAGUUAAAUGCCGCGUCGUCAACGCAGACGGACUUAUCCUCGGCGAACUGACGGCUCUGAUCCAGCCAGCAGAUGGCGAUCAACGUCCUCCUGCUCCACCACCUCAAGCCAGUCCUACUAUCAUCCUAACGGUGACUGAUCCUAGGAUCCAGAUCGCUGAAGUUGGCUCAACGGUGAGAUUCCGUUGCAGCGGCCAAUCUUUGGUCGGCCGACAAGUGCUUCUUCGUUGGGGUAAAGAAGACGGCUCACUUCCUUCCGGUCGUGCCCAAGACGAUCGUCGUGGUGUUCUUAUCAUCACCGACAUUCGGCACACUGACUCGGGCACAUACGUCUGUAGCGGCCAGGACGGCAUCAAUGUCGUUACGGAAACGGUCGUUCUCAACGUCGGAGGACAAAGCCCCAGUCCACCGCUCGUCUCGGUUGAGCCUCGUUACAUCGAAGCCACACUUGGACAGAGUAUCGACGUCCGUUGCACUGCCCAAGGAUUCCCGGUCCCCAGCAUUCAAUGGCUCUCUGCUCGCGAAAUUUUCGUACCCACAACGGACGGAGUACUCAAAAUUGCCUCGGUUCGCAAAUCGGACGAAGGAGAAUACACUUGCACUGCCACCAAUCCUUCUGGAACAAGCACAGGACGAGUCAACAUCUUUGUUCGAGCAGAGGCUGCUCCUCCACCACAAGAAAAUCCCGUCCAGGUGGUGAUCGCUCCUACCGACACGACCGCUCGACGCGGCGAAACGAUCCGAUUGACAUGCCGAGCUGAGAUUAUUGGCGACCGAGUCGUUCCUGUAAUCCGCUGGACCAGAGUUGAAGGCGCAUUACCUGUCAACGCCGGUCAGUCCGCUGGAGUGCUGACGAUCCCAAGCGCUUCGCCAUCUGAUUCAGGCAUUUACAUCUGUACGGUGACAACCGUUUCCGGCUACGUUCAACAGUCACAGGCCCGCGUCACUGUUUUGGCAUACAGAGGCCCACCUACUGUCCGCAUCGAACCGGACAGACAGACCAUUUCUCAAGGAACUUCGGCUGAACUCCGUUGUCUUGCCGUUGGAGACCCGUCACCCACCGUCCGCUGGACUAAAGUUGGAGAAGAUUUCACCAGCAAUAUUUUGGUGACUGGACCUGUUCUCCGCAUCGUCAACGCCAUGGUCCGCGAUCGAGGAAUGUAUAUUUGUACGGCCGAGAAUCCCGGCGGAGUUGCCCAGGCAUCGGCUAUCGUCGAGGUGGAACGAAGAGAACCGCCUGCAGUCGAACUUUACCCGCAGACCAAACAGACUGUGGUGCAAGGAGGCAGCGCAUUGUUCCAAUGCCGUGUGACGGCCGGAAUCCCAACUCCUCGCGCCAGAUGGGCCCGUGUCGACGGUCGACCUCUGCCCAAUAACGUCGAAGAACUGGACGGCGGAGUGAUCCGUUUCAACAGAGUCACAGGCAACGAGCAAGGCCAGUACGUCUGCACUGCCGAGAACGACGCCGGAAGCAUUACUGGUGUAGCUACUUUGACUAUCCAGUCGAUCCCAAUCGUCACCAUCAGUCCCAAUCCUACCAGCGGACCCAUCCGUGUCAAGGAAGGUCAGCGUGUUAGACUCGAAUGCCGAGCCCAAGGAGAUCCUGCGCCAUCAGUCUCCUGGAAGCGCCUCCGCACCGGAUUCCUCUACGACGCCAUUGAUGCCAAGGAGACUCAGCAGAUCGCCGUCUACGACAUCACGCGCGUGACGCAAUCCGAUGAAGGAACCUACUCGUGUACUGGACGAAACGACGCUGGAUUGACGGAAGAACGCAUCCAGAUCGUUGUCGAAGCAUCCAGCGGUCGAGGCGACAUUGAAGAGAAUGAAAUUGAAGCGGACGGCAGUAGCAACACUGGCGGAGGCAACGUCAUCGGUGAUGAUGUCUUCCGAGUUCCUGUUGGAGGCACUGCCGAAAUGCGGUGCGUCCUCACUGGAUCGCAGCAAGGAAUUUACCUGGAUUGGGUGCGCAGUGACGGUGGUUCUCUUCCGGCCGACAAGGAGAUUCGUGACGGUAUCCUCUACAUCCGCAACGUUCAACCAGACGCUGCUGGAGUUUACUCAUGCGUCGGCAUCAGUUCCCAAGGCACUCAAAUCUUUAGUGCUGACAGACGUCUGGAAGUAGUCGCACCGCCACGCAUCCGAUUGGAACCUCAGCGACAAGUUGUUCGACCAGGCGAUCAGGUGGAUAUCCGCUGCGAGGCUUCCGGUGACCAGCCUAUUACCAUCAACUGGUUCAAAAUGGACGGAGUACUCCCACCAGCAGUUCUUGUCAACAAUGGCCAACUACAGUUCCGUGGAAUCGCCGUUUCUGAUGCUGGACGCUACGUCUGCUCGGCUCGCAAUUCCGUCGGUCAGGCUGAAGCCGUGGCUGAAGUCAUCGUCAACGAGGAUCGAAUCGUCAGCGGGACACAGGGAGGCAGUCGACAGACUGACGUCUACAUCGGCAGCACAGUAGAGUUGAGCUGUAACUUGGCAGCCGGAACAACCGGCCGGAUCCAAUGGAGUCGCGAUCGCGGCACUCUGCCACCCACCGCCUUCAAGACGGCUGACAACAAAUUGGAGCUGACCAACGUGCAACCGAGCGACGCUGGACGCUACCAGUGCGAAGUGACUGGACGUCAAGGAACUUCGUCUGAAUACAUCCUUCUGAAUGUCAAAACCGAAAAUGCAAAGUGCCCCGGUAAUCAGUUCCAAUGCAAGAGCGGCCAGUGCCUGAAGAUGUCGGCCCGAUGCAAUCGCAAAGUUGAUUGCGAUGACAAGUCUGACGAGCUCAACUGUUUUAACGGAUACCUAACUCGCAAGAUACGCGGAGCGCCCACCUUGGCUGUCAGCCUCACGCCCAACAAGGAGACGGUUCGUCGUGGCGACAAUUUAGAAGUCCGCUGUGAAGUCACUGGCGAUCCUUCGGCCUUGGUCUCGUGGCGCCGUAUUGGUGGCUCCCUCUCACGUAACACUCAAGUCCUCGGCAAUCUCCUCAGGGUCACAGAUGUUAAACCCGAGAACGGCGGAGUCUAUCGUUGCCAGGUCCUCAGCACGGCAGGAACUUUUGAGGAGAAUUACGUCCUCUCCAUUCAAGCCGAUAAUGAAAUGCCUCACAACGACGACAUCGCAGUCGAGACGCGUACCGCUCCCGUUCAGUCUGUCGUCAUGAUGGAAUGCAGAACGGAUUUACGUCAGCCCGUCAAAUACACCUGGUCACGACAAGGCGGCAUUCUUCCCAAAACCGCCAGAGUCGAAGGCUCAAAAUUGUCGAUCCCCGAAGUGAGAGCCGAAGACGCUGGAACUUAUGUUUGCACGGCCCGUAACACGGAAGAAACGAUGGAUAUCCCAACCGUUUUGGUGGUGACUGGUGUCGUGCCUUACUUCGCCCAGGCUCCGCUUUCCUACAUGCAAAUGCCCACGUUACCCAACGCCUACAUGGAAUUUGACAUUGAAAUCUCUUUCAAACCCGAGUCUCCCGACGGUCUGAUCCUCUACAACGGACAACAGGCCGGCGGUAGUGGAGACUUUAUUUCCUUCGGCAUCAACAAUGGAUACCCUGAAUUCCGUUUCGAUAUCGGCGCCGGCCCUGCCAUCAUCAAGUCAGACAAACCAAUCGACAUGGGCAAGUGGCACACUGUCAAGUUGACCCGCAAUCGCAAAAACGGAACCAUGACUGUCGACGAGGAUGGCGGUACAUUCCACGGAUCGGUGACGGGCCGUUUCCUCGGCCUCGAUCUCAUCGAGCCCCUCUACAUCGGUGGUGUACCGAAUAUUCGUUCCAUCCACAAACUGGCCGGUUUCACACGCGGAUUUGUCGGUUGCGUUGGCCGUUUGGUGGUUGGCUCUGCCGCUCACGAACUUGUCCGUGAUGCCACCAACAGCCGUGGCAUCACCACCUGUGAGACGUGCGCUUUAAAUCCUUGCGAGAACGGCGGAGUCUGUCAAGAAGCCUACACCCAACAGGGAUAUUCUUGUAUUUGUCCGUCGGGAUUCUCUGGAUUGAACUGCGACAAAAUCGGUGAGACUUGCUAUCCUGGUGCCUGCGGUAUGGGUCGCUGUGUCAACAUGGCCGGUGGAUUCGACUGUCAGUGUCCUAUGGGUAAAUCGGGCAUGAAUUGCGAAAAGGACAUUAUCAUCUACGAGCCCGCUUUUACGGAAGGAUCCUUCAUCGCUUAUCCUACUCCGCCGAAGAACGCCCUCAGAAAAAUGAGAAUGUCGAUGAGGAUCAAGCCGCGUCAAAUCAAAGAUUCCUUGUUGGCCUAUUGCGCUCAAAGUGAGGACGGAUCAGGUGAUUUUUCAUCGCUGGCCAUCAAAGACAAGAGGGUCGAGUUCCGAUUCGAUUCCGGAUCAGGACCAGCCAUUUUGAGAAGCGAUCGGGAAAUCAGAGCAGGUGAAUGGGUUCAAAUCACGGCCGACCGCAGUUUCCGCGACGGCGUUUUGUUCGUCAACGACGGCUCUGAAGUUCGUGGAAAAUCGCCCGGCUCGACUCGAGGACUCAACCUCAACUCGCGUCUCUUUGUUGGCGGAUGGGAUCGUCAACACGUCCGUCUAAGUCCAGGCGUGAACGUGACCAGCUCAUUCGACGGAUGUUUGUCGCAGUUUGAAGUUCAAGGAAUGGAAUUAGACUUGGUCAAUUCCGUCAUCGAUUCGGCCAACGUGGAGGAUUGCGGAGGAGCCAGCGCUUGCGAGCGGAAGCCCUGCUCCAAUGGCGGCCUGUGCACGGAGACUGGGGCCAGUUUGACCGACUACACGUGCCAGUGCGAAGAAGGUUUCAGCGGCAAGAACUGCGAGAUCGAAGCCGAUUUGUGCCAGGUGAUCCGACCGUGCCAAAAUGGCGGCAGUUGCAUCGGUACUUACAACGCCUACAAAUGCAAUUGUCCCAUGGGCUUUGGAGGCAGCAAUUGUGAACGCAAAGUCGAUGUUGCGGAAGAGGCCUUCUUCCAGGGCGACAGCUACGUGGAAAUAGACAAAGCUGUAUUCCCACACACAUUGGCCAACACGGCUGAGACCAUCACAGUCGAGUUUUCGACAUUGGAGCCCAAUGGCAUUUUGCUGUGGCACGGACAGAAACCCGAAUCGACUGGCCGCGGACAAGAUUUUGUUUCACUAACAGUCGUGGACGGACGACUGGAGUUCAGUUACGAGUUGGGCUCCGGCCCUGUUCAGAUUAUUACGCCCGUUCGAGUUGAUGACGGCAAACGGCACCGAGCCGUGGCCCGUCGCACGGCCCGCGACGGAUCACUUGAAUUGGAUGGAGUGAUCCUAGAGAAUGGCCGCAGUCCGGAAGGACCUCAUCAAGUCCUCAACACCAAGGGCAACAUUUACGUCGGUGGAUUACCGAACGCCGAAGCUAUGACGACGGGUCGUUACAUCCACGGCCUGAAAGGUUGCAUCCAUCAUCUGGAAAUCCAGGAAUCGGGAGUCAUUAACUUUCAACGGGCAGCCCUGUCGGCCAUCAACGUCGUUCCUUGCUCAAGUGAAGAGCUGAAGUUGCUGAUGGAAGACGACGCCGAUGACGACUACGAACCGCCCGCUAAUUAGUCUACUAAUUAGUCUUCCACACCAAUGAAAAAGAAGAGCCUCUCGUAAUGAAAAAGAAGAAAAACUAAAAUUUUAACUACAAACAGUUUGUCCAAAACAUCAGUAACUUUUGAGGGGCGUCUACUGCUGUCUACAACCGGCAUGUAAAACUAUCCCGCGUUUAUUCGUCAUCUCUAGCCAGCAAACAAAAUCGAAGAAUUUCGGGACGUCCAUCGUUUAUUGGCAAACACAAACUGUUGAUACAAACAUCAAUAGAAAAAAGGAAAUACAAGAGAGAUCAACUUUAAAAGAUGAGGAAGAAGAGGCCGUUGACAGCCUGUGAUAAGAGGCGCAGCGAGAAGAAGAUUGGAAAAUGUUUUACACAACAAACAAAAACAAAUAAUAAUAAAAAAAAAAGAUGCAAUUUCUCUUGUCCUUUUUGUAGCAUUUCUACUCGGCUCUAUUAGAAAAAAGUUCAUGAUGUAAUAUCUUACCACAAAAUAACAAACGAGUUCUUUUUUUUUUCUUGGAAUUUCUUCUAUUUCGUCACUGCCAUUUUGUUGAACUCUUUUUGAAAUAUUCUUUGACAAUUUUUCCUUGUUUUUGUUUUUUCAUUUUUAUUCCGUGACAAAGAGAUUCUGAUUAGCUCACCGAAACUUUUUAAAAACAAAAAUGUUUUCUUCCUUUGGUUGUUUUUUAGCUUCCCUCUUUUAACUAUUAUAUAUCCGCCUUCUCUCUCUCUCUCUCUCACCGGUUAUAUAAUGCAUGCAAUGUAAUAUCAACUUGAUGACGAUUCGUUGUUUCUUUUAUUAUUCCUUUUUUUCAAAAAAAAAUUAUGGGUGGAAGCGCUACUACGCUAAAAUAGCUUAAAUAUUGACUCUGCUGCUGUUGUUCAUUUGUUAAACGGUAUAUGCAACUACUAACCAUCCAGAGCUACACACACACAUACACACACAAACACAAACACUUAUAUACACAGACACUGAAUAAUAUGAUGCACUAGAGAAUUUGCUGUUUUGCUUCUUAGAGAUAAAAUAAUCCACCAAAAAAGAAUAAAUCUUUGAAUAAAAAGAAAGAGUUUGAAAUGUUAAAAAAUGACGACCGGCUCUCGAAGUUGCACCUGGUUUUGUUAUUCGAUCUAGAAUUAAAAUUUCAUGAUGAACGAUUACGGUGAUUGCUUCAAGCGAAAAGGGAAACCCACGAAUGCGAUGUAGCCAGUGCCUUUUUGUUUUGUUUUUCAUUUGCGCCAUUGCAAGUCAAACUUUUGAUACGAUUAAAGGGAAAUGAUUCAACCCGUAACAAAAGAAGAAGUCCUUUAUUACAAAACAAAAGAAGCAAUCAAGAAAAGAGAGGAUUAUAUUUAGUUUUAAAAAAGACAAUCUACAUGUAUACCCGAGUAAUCAUCGUAAUCAUUAAAUUACUGAUGCUGUUUCGUUACCAGUGCCAGUGCUCUUUUCUUAUAUGUGUUUCUUCGUGUUGUUCUAUUUCAAACUGCGAGAAGUGAACGCUUCGGAGAAUUGUGUAAUAUUUGAUUCAAAAUUAAAAAAUUAAAGAGGAAUAUUUGUUGGUAGGGUUCCAGUGAGAACAAGCACGCGCGCAAGUAUCUACAUGCACAGACACACACACACAGAUAUACACACACAGACAGGCUUAUCACCGGUAGCGCUGAAUUUAUGAAUCACGCGGGAGCCCGGUAUUUUCAGUUAUUUUGUUGGUUUGAAACUACGCGCGUCCUUAUUUUAUUUUAUAAUUUGCAUUUUAUUAUUAUAUCCACUAAAUUUUUUUAUUAUUUUGUGUCUCUUUGUGCUCCUUGCUGUGGGUGUUGUGUAAUCCAACGUCUCCUUUUUGUCUCUCUUGUUUUUAGCUCAUCAGUUUCGGUAUUCUGUCAAUGUCUUUCUCAUCCCGUUACAACUAUUAAUAACCAGGGCGUUGCUAUUUCUUGCUACUGCCCAUGUAGAUGAUUCUAUAUCUAAUAUAAAUAUAAUAUUAAUAAUAUGUGGACUGGGUAGCUUAACUUGACUUGAGCUUAAUAUACAAUAUUAUUAUAAUAACGUGACCCAAUUUGUGCCAACUAUAUCCGUUAACAAUGUUUUUAUCAAUACACAAUACGCGUUCUUCCUUAUA